AUAUAUAUAUAUAUAUAUAUAUAAUAACAAACAGUACGUCCUUCCCCGUGUUCUGUUUUCCCAAACCGACUGAAACUUUUUCCCGAUCUGCGCAAUUCUCCUGAGAAAAUUUGAGGCCCUCGGUGGGAACAAAGAUGAGAGGAAGCAGCUCCUCUGGGAACUACAGAAACGCAUGUCUGACUAUGCACCAGCCCUGGGCUUCUCUGCUUGUCCAUGGGAUAAAGCGCGUUGAGGGCAGAUCGUGGCCUUCUCCAAUCAGAGGCCGCCUUUGGAUUCACGCUGCAAGUAAGGUCCCGGAUGAGGCUACAAUUAAAGCAAUGGAGGACUUCUACAGGGAAAUUUAUGCUGUGAAUGGAAUUACUGAUCUUAAGUUUCCAGAACAUUAUCCUGUUUCAAGACUAUUAGGCUGUGUUGAAGUGGUUGGCUGUGUUAGAGGUGAAGAACUAGCAGGCUGGGACAUGGUAGCUGAAGGGGUGAGGUUGGAAGCACUGACUAAGUUUUGUUGGCUUUGUGAACAGCCACAGAAGUUGUUAAUUCCAUUUGAGAUGCGAGGGUACCAGGGUGUAUAUAAUUUGGAAAAUAAGGUAUACGAGGCUGCAAUCAGAGGUCUUGUUUCAGUUGAAGGUCCACUGCCAGCGAAAUUUCCACUUCCAAAUCCACGAGAUCCAUUUUCAUUGAAGCCAGGAUCUAUUUCUGAGCAGUGCCCUGAAUCUAAAGCAUGUGAAGUGGAAAAAUCAUUAAGCCUUAGUGCCGCCAUAGCUGGUGCUCGAGCAGCAGCUACACAGUACACAAAAAAGAAUGAAAAUCCCCCAAAUGUGAUCCAGAAUCGGAGCCGCAAUACCGUACGGACCGGUUAAUUAAAGAGCAAAUCUUUGAAAGAGGAUUCAAUGCCAUACCAAGGCAUGUAGUUUCUUUCUUCUCUUUGACUGUCAUUAUUGGAUUUUCCUUCAUGUGCAGAUCAGUGUUUGUAUAUCCAAUAUUAUAAGGAUGCUGGGUUUCGAUAUUGUUGGAAACUGUAGUGAACAUGAAUUGUGUCUUUAAUGUUAGAAGGAUGCUGGGUUUCGAUA